AUGUCAGCUCCCUACAUGGGGGACACGGCUAUUAUAUAUGGCAAAGUUCCUUCUCGACUCCGUAGCCGGCUCAAGGAUGAGAUCAAAAGUGGAGACCUGCAUCUCUUAGCCCCUGGAGCAGGGUGUUCGUCCCCAGCCCCGGAUCUCACUAGCGCGUUUUGCGGACGAUACGAGACUUUACUCCUUUCAUCACCAACCUAUGCUGCUCACGCCCAGUACGCAUUCCUCUAA